AUCAUUUAUAGAGGACGUUGUAAACAAAAAACGGCCGAUAAGUAAGAUCAAAUCUAUCAGAUUGCAUUCCAGUUCUAAUUUGGAAGCCAUUGAUAAAGCAUCAACAGUCGUCUACAGUAGAGCCUCCCACGCUUGUGAAUCAGCUGUUACUGUACAAGUGACAGACAGUCUGUUGGCCGCACAGAUCAUAAGGUUUACACGUCAUUUCCCCCAGCCUGUUCGGCGAACUUCGACCUUCUGUCGUAUUUUACAACAAUGGUGAAGUUGUUUGCAAUCAGUGUGCUCUACAAGGGGCAUGAAAGCGCCCGUCUCCUGAAGGCAGCAUACGACUUGCAGCAGUUUGGCUUUUUUCAGCGAGGCUCAGUGCAAGAGUUCAUGACCUUUACAAGUAAAAUCAUCACAGAACGGUGUAACCCAUGUUCUCGGCAGUCAGUCAAAGAGCAAGAGUAUAUGUGUCAUGUGUACGUGAGGGCAGAUAACCUAGCAGGCGUUGUCAUAUCAGACCAUGAAUACCAGUACAGAGUGGCACAUAACAUGAUAAAUAAGGUGCUAGAUGAUUUUGCUGCUAAAGUUCCUGCCCAUCUAUGGCCUAGCACAGAAGAGUCGGCAAUUCCCUAUACAGAGCUGCCAGCUACCCUGACUCGCUGGCAAAACCCAAGGGAGGCUGAUGCACUCACUCGCGUACAGGAGGAAGUCGAGGAAACUAAGAUCAUUCUGCACAACACCAUUGAGGCUGUGCUGGAGCGAGGGGAGAAGCUGGAUGACCUGGUCAGCAAAUCAGAGAUGCUCAGCCUGCAGUCGAAAACCUUCUACAAGACAGCCCGGAAAACCAACUCUUGUUGUAGUUUUGGAUAACGGGUUGUUGUAGCAAGAGCCAUGUGGACAGUGCAGGUCCAAGCGUUGCACUCACUGCAGAGGCUAUUGACCAGUUACCAUCCUGCGUGUAUGUGUCUGUCUGCGUCUGUGUCUGUACAUCUGUCUAGCUUAGAGCUGAAGGCAGAGUCUGAAGUCCAGAGUGUCUCAAAUUGCUAACAGGAUUUUUUAUAGACUGUUCAGAGGUAGUGGUGCAAUGCUGAAAAUCUUGAAUGUCAACCUAUAAAAGGAAAAGAAAUGUAUAUCCAAACAGUAUUUUUGGGAAAGACAGAAUUCACAUAUCACACUUGCACAUACAAGUACACAAAUACUAACACAUAUUUAUGCUCAUACUAAUAUGCACUUACAUAAAAGGACACUUCCCAUGCCCAGGCACAGACACACACACACAUACAUGCACAUGUCUGAGCACAUGCAUUUGCACUAACAAACAGGUGCAAACAAACACACACAGAUGUGAUACACAUACACAUAUACAUACACAUACAUAUACACAUAUACAUACACAUAUACAUACACAUACACAUACACAUACAUAUACAUAUACAUAUACAUAUACACAUACAUAUACACAUACAUAUAAAAUGCACACUCACUCACACUCUCUCACUCUCACACUCUCUCACUCUCACACUCACACUCACACUCAUACUCAUACUCAUACUCACUCUCACACUCACACACACUCACACAAGCACACACACUCACACAAGCACACACACUCACACAAGCACACACACUCACACAAGCACACACACUCACACAAGCACACACACUCACACAAGCACACACACUCACACACACACACACACACACACACACACACACACACACACACACACACACACACACACACACACACACACACACACACACACACACAAACACAUACACACACAAAAACACAAUUACACACAUUUGUGUGUGUGCAUUUGUGUAGAUGUUGAUGGAUGGAUAGAUAUAUAUCUGUAUGCAUGUGGUCACAUGUGUUCAUUACUGUGUAAUAGUGUGUUUGAUAAUUUUUGUUUAUUAUUUCUAUCAUUGAUAUUGUUUUUUUACUUUGGUUAUUAUACAUUUGUAAUUUUUUAUGCUUAACUAAGUAAGAUACAAGGAGGAAUGGAAGUUAAUUCCAUUUAAACCAAAAAUACUGAAGUUUAGUUAAACUUCGUUAUAUAUAUAUAAAAUUGUCUUUGUUGAAUGGAAAUUAUGAUGAUUAAAAAUGGAGAUGCAAUUUAUCCUGUGCAUUUUUUUCUUUGUUAUUUUUCUUUUUCUUUCUUCCUUUUUUUAUAUAUCAUAACCACAUGGAAGUAAGACCUUUUGUGUUUUUUUUUUCUAAAAUAAAAAAGGCAAUUAUUAUUGUUAUUAUUGUUUGUUGUGCAAGAUUUUUAUAUACUUUAAGCUUAUUUUUAUUUAAGUCCUAAUACAGAUAUAUGCUCUUUUGCUCAGGAUUAUGUAUGGAAUGUUCUGAUGGUCAUGAUACAUAAAGUUAAUAAAAAAUAAACUAUGACUAUGCUCUGUGCUUAUUUUCUAAACUUUCUUGGUUCUUUUUGUUUUCUAGAUUUAAUUUUUAAAAUAUGUUGAAUAUGAUGAGUUCCUCAUGUUUUACUACUCACUUGUCAAAUUAUUUUAUAUACAAUCUUAAAUCCUAGUUUAGGAAACCAUUCAUCAAUGAAUGAUAUAUACUGGUCUUGAAAAAGACAGGUAGAAUGGGAACUCAUGUUGAUUACAUGCUACAUGUUAUUUGUGAAAGUAGUAUGUGACAGGUGUAGAAAUGUUUAUUUGAAUGCAGUGACAGCUUAAAAAGCAUGGGGGUAUUAUGAUGUCAAAUUUAGUUUUAUAACGUGUUGAUUAAUUGAAAUGAUACCUAUAGUAUUUUUCAGUGGAAUUGUUUGAUUGCAAACAGAUUUCUUAGGAAAGAUGAACAUUUAAGUAAUGGCUCUCAGCACUUGCAGAUAGCUGCUUGCACCAUGUACAUGUGAACAAUUUUUUUCUCUCUCUUAAACACUAUUUUUAUUUCUUUUCUGUUUAAAUAGGAAAUGAAAUGUAAAUAAAUGUCUUUUUCUAAAAAGUGAAAAAAGGGUAAAAAACAAAGAACAUGUUUAUAAACUGGAGUGUUACCAAAUUUGCUGUAAAGUUGUCUGUAAAUCAAUGUGUAUGUGUUAUAUGUGUGUUAUCAUUAUUGCUUUAAGUGUUAGACUUGUAAUGCUAUUUGUUUCCGAGUGAGCUGUUACAGGAAAGGUGCAGCAUUUAACUAUAAAUUACUUUAAUUCCAAUAACAGCUAAGUCACAGUAUACUUGUGUGUGUAAUAAAAGGUAGAUAAAUGCCAAAGUAUGUUUGUUUUUACGUAAAUAAUAUUUUCUAUAUGGAUAGACCUUAUGAGAAUAAAGAGAAUUUCAAAGGUG